CUUGGAUUCAUAUUUUCUUCAUAUUCUUCAUACUGAUAUUGAUAUUGAUAUCGAUAUCUGGUUUCGAUCUUAUUGUAUACUUGGUUGAGGAUCACGUCGAUUGGAUCUAUUGAUCUUACCUCGAUAUAUAUUAAGCUGAGAUCUACACCCACCAGCACAAGAGAGUACAGCAUCGCACACAGCAGAUCGAAAUGCCUGCGACGUUAGUUCAUCACUAUCCACACCAUCAUCAACAACAUUACCAUCCCUACAAUACCACAUCACACGCACAUCCCCACUCGAAACCACCAUCCCGUUCACGUCCACGCUCCACCACCAACCCCCCCAAACCCAUCCCCAAAUCCCAACCCCCCAAAUCCUCCCGCUGCUUCGACUGGCUCCUCCUCCCAACCAACAGCAACACACACAUCGCCAAAAACCGCUCCUCAUUCAGCGCCUACCGCCGCGCACCAUGCAAAAUCGCCAACCAGCGAGUCCUGGGCAUCGGGACGGUGCAACUCCGGGUACAGCGGGCGCCGGACGAUCCGCGCACGAAUGUCCUCGUGUUGCAUGAUGUGUUGCAUAUGCCCGGGGCGAGGUGUAAUGGGAUUAGUGUGGCGAAGUAUACGGGGGAGUGUGAGGAUGAAGCUGAGGUGAUGAAGGAGGAGGAGGAGGGGGGAAGUGGGAGUAGUUGUGGGGGGAGUAGUGGGGAGAGGUGUGUG